GUGUUAAGGUGGUGAUCGUGAGCGCGAGUGAUUUUUUAGUUUUUAUACGUUGAUCUAGCUCUACUUAACUGCAAUUAUUUUAAUUUAUUAUAAUACUUGUAAUUAUUUACAAAUAUGGAAUAUAUGCCUCCUGAAACAGCUAUAGCACCAACUGGCACACAAAUUUUGUGCUGCCAAUGUGCCGUGCCGAUUGAGCCAAACCCAUCGAACAUGUGCGUAGCAUGCUUGCGGGCACAUGUGGAUAUUACAGACGGCAUUCCAAAGCAAGCCACACUAUUCUUCUGUAGAGGAUGUGAAAGAUACUUGCAGCCGCCUGCAGAAUGGUUGGUGUGUGCUUUAGAAUCACGGGAACUGCUUGCUCUGUGCCUCAAAAGAUUGAAAGGCCUGAAUAGAGUGAAGUUGGUAGAUGCCGGCUUCGCCUGGACUGAGCCACAUUCCAAAAGAAUAAAAGUUAAACUGACAGUGCAAGGUGAAGUGAUGGGUGGGGCGGUGCUCCAACAAACGUUCAUAGUGGAGUAUGUGAUUCAACACCAGAUGUGUGAUGCGUGCCACCGCACCGAGGCGCAGGACUACUGGCGCGCGUUGGUGCAGGUGCGGCAGAGGGCCCACAACAGGAAGACGUUCUACUACUUGGAGCAACUGAUCUUGAAGCACAAGGCUCAUGCCAACACGCUUGGCAUUAAACCUAAACAUGAUGGUUUGGACUUUUUCUACACAUCAGAGAAUCACGCACAGAAAAUGGUCAACUUCAUCCAAUCAGUCCUGCCGAUUAAGUGUCAGCAUUCCAAGAAGCUGAUAUCUCAUGACAUUCACAGCAACAUUUACAACUACAAGUUCACAUUUUGUGUGGAAAUUGUACCGUUGUCGAAGGACAGUGUUGUUUGUCUCCCCAAGAAGUUGACUCAGGCCCUGGGGUCCAUAUCGCCUAUAUGCUUAGUGCAGCGAGUGACCAGCACUAUACACUUAAUUGAUGCAUACACAGGACAAGUGUGUGACCUGUCUGCAACCCAAUAUUGGAGAUACCCAUUCAGCCCAAUCUGUAACCCGAAACAAUUAGUGGCAUACAUUGUUAUGGAUAUUGAUAUACUGAAGGAACAUGAAAAGAAAACAUUCCCCGGGCAAGGCGCUGUGUCGAACAAGCACGUGUUGGCCGACGUGUGGGUGGUGAAGGAGAGCGAGCUCGGCAUGGACGUCAGCCCUGUGCACACUCGGACACAUCUGGGACACAUACUGAAGCCGGGCGACACCGUGCUCGGAUAUAACCUGGGUGACUCGAACGUGAACGACGUGAACCUGGAGAAGCUGAGCCGGGAUGUGAUACCCGACGUGUACCUCGUCAAGAAGCACUACGGCGAGCGCGCGGCGCGGCGGCGGGCGCGCGCCUGGAAGCUGCGCCACAUGCACGAGCAGACCACUUCCACUGCCGACGACGACUACAACGAAUUCUUGGACGACCUGGAGGAGGACCCUGCGCUCAGGCAACACAUCAACAUAUUCAAGGACGAGAACAAAAUCCCCGUCGAUACUGAUGAGAUCGAUCCGAGUUUGCCUCGGAUCACACUCGCCGAGAUGUUGGACGAUAUGGUCAUUGAAGACGUCGACAUGACAGACGUGUAAACAUACAUUUUUGAUAUAAAAGUUCCGUUUAUUACACAUUAAAUUAAAAAUCCAUAAAACUUGUCAAUAUAAUCAUGUUAUCUGUAAUUUCAUACAAAAAUAUUUUGUUUUAAAUCAGGCUGGUUCUACUGUAUUUUUAGUUAUGAAAUGUUAUCAUUAUAAUUGUUAGUUUUGCAAAGAUUGUUUUAUUUUUUUUCAAAAAACUUCAACAUCGAACAAAUACCGAAACAUUUCUAUGAAAAUCCUCUCUUGUAUGCAGAGGCAAAUUGAUAGGUACAACAAAACAAUAUAUGAUAAUAAUAAUCUACAUGAGGUAAUUAAA